AGCUGCAUGCGGAAGCAAAGGCUGUGUGAAGACAAGCUAGUGAAGGGGUUUUCCAUGUGAAAAACAAAGAAAGAAUUAUUUGAAUAUUAGCAAAUCCACAGCUUCACAUUUCUAGAGAACCCAGGCACAGCCUUGGAGACAUUACUCCUGAGAGACUGCAUUUGUUGGAAGAUGAGCCCCAACUUCUAAAAAUGUAUCACUACCAGGAUUGAGAUACAAACAGCAUUUAGGAAGGUCUGAUCUGAGGGGCAGCUUCCUGCCCUCCUUCCUGGAGAUAAGUCCGGCUUUUGGUGAGAAAGACUUUCCCUGCCCUCUGCCAGGCCGAUGCCCAUGCUUCUGUGGCUGCUGCUGCUGAUCCUGAGUGAACAGAUGGACUACAAUGGGACCAGGGCCUCAGUUCCUAGAGCUCGUAGAAGAGAACAAUCAGAGGUAGCUCCAAAAGCUGUACUUCUCCUUGAUCCUCCAUGGUCCACAACCUUCAAAGGAGAAAAAGUGACUCUCACAUGCAGGGGAAUAUCACAUUUCCCAGCCCGCAGAGACAUGUUUUGGUAUCGCAAUGAGAAGUUGUUGAAAAAACAAUAUAACGCAAUCCAAAUUACGGAGUCUGGAAAUUAUCAAUGCAAGACCCGAGAAUCCUCCCUCAGUGAUGCUGUGCAUGUGGAAUUUUCAUAUGACUCGCUGAUCCUGCAGGCUUCACAUCCUGUCUUUGAAGGAGAUAAUGUCACCCUGAGAUGUCAGGGGAAAGAAGAUGAAAAUGCUCAUGAAAAGGUUUACUACAAAGAUGGAAAACAGCUUCCUAAUAGUUAUAAUUUAGACUUCAUCAUAGUGAAUUCAGUCUCCAGGGAUAAUAGCAAAUAUCAUUGUACUGCUAAUUAUUGGAUAUUUCCCAUAGUAUCAAUUAAACGAACUUCAAAAUACCUAAAUAUCCAAGUUCAAGAGCUGUUUCUACAUCCUGUGCUGAGAGUCAGCUCUUCCAUGCCCAUAGAGGGGAGUCCCAUGACCCUGAUCUGUGAGACCCAGCUCUCUCCACAGAGGCCAAAAGUCCAGCUGCAAUUCUCCUUCUUCAGAGAUAGUCAGACCCUCGGAUCAGGCUGGAGCAGGUCCCCCAAACUCCAGAUCCCUGCCAUGUGGACUGAAGACUCCGGGUCUUACUGGUGUGAGGCAGAGACAGUGACUGACAACAUCAAAAAAAGGAGCCUGACAUCUCAGAUACGUGUACAGAGAGUCCCUGUGUCUAAUGUGAAUCUAGAGAUCCAGCCCACUGGAGGGCAGCUGAUUGAAGGAGAAAAUAUGGUCCUUAUUUGCUCAGUAGCCCAGGGUUCAGGGACUGUCACAUUCUCCUGGCACAAAGAAGGAAGAGUAAGAAGCCUGGGUAGAAAGACCCAGCGUUCCCUGUUGGCAGAGCUGCAUGUUCUCAUGGUGAAGGAGAGUGACGCAGGGAGAUACUACUGUGCAGCUGACAAUGUUCAUGGCCCCAUCCUCAGCACAUUGAUUCAAGUCACUGUGAGAAUUCCAGUAUCUCACCCCAUCCUCACCUUCAGGGCCCCCAGGGUCCAGGCUCCAGUGGGGGACCUGCUGGAGCUUCACUGUGAGGCCCUGAGAGGCUCUCCCCCCAUCCUGUACCGAUUUUAUCAUGAGGAUGUCACCCUGGGGAACAGCUCAGCCCCCUCUGGAGGAGGAGCCUCCUUCAACCUCUCUCUAACUGCAGAACAUUCUGGAAACUACUCCUGUGAUGCAGACAAUGGCCUGGGGGCCCAGCACAGUCAUGGAGUGAGUCUCAGGGUCACAGGUAAGCAAGAUAUACCCACAGCAGUUAACAGCCAAUGCAAGAGAUCAUGUCUUCUCAGAAAUAGCUCCACUGGGCUAUUUGCUGGUUGAUAUCCCAAUAGACUUCCCACUCUUUAUGACUCCGCCUGGGAGUUCUGGGAUUGUUCCUUGUGACUACACAUUUAGUAACUUAGACC